UAGAGUACGAGACCGGUGCAAAUAAAUUAUUUUUUUAACAUUUUGCGCAUCAAUAUCAUGUUGCUGAUUCAAUGCUGUCUGUUUGCCAGGGCAAGUUAGAUUUAUCAAAAUUAAAUUUAUCAGCGAUUGCUUUAUUUAACUGUCAGCAGAUUACUUUAAUCGUUCGGUGAGUGCACAAUAAAUUCCAUGUUUAUGACUGAUAAUUUCCGUAAACUUGCAACAUCAUCAGCGCAGGUGUUAGCUGUCGAGUAUCUAAAUAAGUUUUUUUUCAAUCUUGUGCUUAUCAAUUUUUAGGACAGACAAGUGUUUGAUUAGAUAUUAUCGUACGAAUAAAUAAAAGCCGUCUUCGGCUCUGAUCGAAGACUCCAAUCGCCAUCGUUCCUGCAAAGACACCAUCAUGAAGGCCGUCGCAGCCGUAUCAUGCAUCAUAUUUGCAUUCUGCAUCGCGGCAUCCCUGCAGGACACUCCGUUCGAUCCGUGCGACAAUGGACCUGUGCCCACCUCAUUGAGGGUGGAUGGAUGCGAUACUUCCCCUUGCAAUUUCUAUAGAGGGACUAAUUUGACCGCGCAAUGGGACUUCGUUGCCAAUGCUAAUAUGAAGUCGUUGAGACCUGAUGUGAAAGUGAUAAUGAUGGGGAUCACAAUAGAUUAUCCGUAUCCCGAACAAGACGCGUGCAAGUCUCUGACGAACGGAUGCCCAUUGAACAAAGGUGACAAGGCAACGUAUAAGCUCAAUAUGCCGAUAUCUCCGGCUUAUCCAUCUGUGACUUUAACCAUCCAGUUCGGUCUGGUCGACGAGAACGAGAACGUGCAAGUAUGCUUCAAAAUGGAUGGCAAAGUGGUCAACAAGUAGGCUUUCAUCUUAUAGCUUUGAUAGCUCUAAUAUAUUUAUGUUAAGAAAGAAAAUCACCGAAUGAUUCUAAUCACCAAUUUUUUUUCAUGAAAAAAAUUGUUAUUUUGUAUUUGCGUCGAGUUGAGUUGCGUCUUGUCCUGGAGUUAUAGAUUUUAUAGCGUAACAGUGAACAGAGAUACACAGUGAAAUCGUGCGUUAAGAUACGCAUAGUAAGAUUGUAUCUUACUGACAAUGAGAUUAAAAAUGGCAAUUAAAAUUUAGUAAAUAUUUGAUUUGGCUCAUAAUUGAUAAUGACAGUGAUGUAAAAUGAUUUGAUCAAGGAACUCUCGUCGCCUUCGUGUUAAUAUAUAAUAUUUAAUAAUUGUUAAAAUGUAAAAUUCGAAUAAAGACUAAUAUUAAUAUUAAAUCAGAUUGAAAUAUAAGAGA